AUUAACGUGUCAUUAGGAGGGGAGCGUGGGGGGGGUUGUCUCACGCCCCAAGAAACACUUGGCUCUUCUAGUGCCAGGGGAGGAGAGAAAGAAAGCGAAAAGGAAGCAAGGGUUCUCUUCGUUCCGGCCAAUCGGACCUGAUCGAUGGCCCUCCCGACUUUAUUACGAUAUUUGAUUUAUUAAAAAUGCCCCCCUCGUCUGUGUGGGGCGCGCACGCACACACACACACACAGGCGCGCACACACGGCUCUGGCUCGCGUCCCUCCCUCGUUUCCAGCUCCUGGGCGAAUCCCACAUCUGUUUCAACUCUCCGCCGAGGGCGAGCGGGAGCGAGUGUGUCGGUCACGAGCCAGGAGAAGGGGACGGAUCGGAUCCCUGAGGCACAGCGUCAAACUCCACACCCCGGGAGGACCGCUGGAUCAGCCGAAAGCUAGGAUGGCCCCCCCUAGCCUGCUGCUCUGCCUGCUGUCCGCGAUGGUCUUCUCCCUGCUGGGCGGGGGCUCGGCAUUCCUGUCCCACCACCGCCUCAAGGGCCGCUUCCAGAGGGACCGCAGGAACAUCCGGCCCAACAUCAUCCUGGUGCUGACCGACGACCAGGACGUGGAGCUGGGCUCCAUGCAGGUGAUGAACAAGACGCGGCGCAUCAUGGAGCAGGGCGGGGCCCACUUCGUCAACGCCUUCGUGACCACGCCCAUGUGCUGCCCCUCGCGCUCCUCCAUCCUGACGGGCAAGUACGUCCACAACCACAACACGUACACCAACAACGAGAACUGCUCCUCGCCCUCCUGGCAGGCGCAGCACGAGAGCCGCACCUUCGCCGUGUACCUCAACAGCACCGGCUACAGGACAGCUUUCUUCGGGAAGUACCUCAACGAGUACAACGGCUCCUACGUGCCGCCCGGCUGGAAGGAGUGGGUCGGACUCCUUAAAAACUCCCGCUUUUACAACUACACGCUGUGUCGGAACGGGGUGAAGGAGAAGCACGGCUUUGACUACUCCAAGGAUUACCUCACAGAUCUCAUCACCAACGACAGCGUGAGCUUCUUCCGCACGUCCAAGAAGAUGUACCCACACAGGCCAGUCCUGAUGGUCAUCAGCCACGCAGCCCCUCACGGCCCUGAGGACUCGGCCCCCCAAUACUCACACCUCUUCCCCAACGCAUCCCAGCACAUCACACCGAGCUACAACUAUGCACCCAACCUGGACAAGCACUGGAUAAUGCGCUACACCGGACCCAUGAAGCCCAUCCACAUGGAGUUCACCAACGUGCUGCAGCGGAAGCGUCUGCAGACCCUCCUGUCGGUGGACGACUCCAUGGAGAUGAUUUACAACAUGCUGGUGGAGACAGGCGAGCUGGACAACACCUACAUCGUCUACACUGCCGACCACGGCUACCACAUCGGCCAGUUCGGCCUGGUGAAAGGGAAGUCCAUGCCAUAUGAGUUCGACAUCCGAGUCCCAUUCUACGUGAGGGGCCCCAACGUGGAGGCCGGCUCUCUGAACCCCCACAUUGUCCUCAACAUCGACCUGGCCCCCACCAUCCUGGACAUCGCUGGCCUGGACAUCCCCACAGACAUGGACGGGAAAUCCAUCCUCAAACUGCUGGACAUGGAGCGGCCAGUGAACCGGUUUCACUUGAAAAAGAAGAUGAGGGUCUGGCGGGACUCCUUCUUGGUGGAGAGAGGCAAACUGCUCCACAAGAGGGACAGCAGCAAGGUGGAUGCCCAGGAGAACUUCCUGCCCAAGUUCCAGCGUGUGAAGGACCUGUGUCAGCGCGCCGAGUACCAGACAGCAUGUGAGCAGCUGGGGCAGAAGUGGCAGUGUGUGGAGGACGCCUCGGGGAAGCUGAAGCUGCACAAGUGCAAGGGCCCGGUGCGGCCCAGCAGCAGCAGUGACAGAGCCCUUUCCAACCUCGUGCCCAAGUACUACGGGCAGGGCAGCGAAGCCUGCGCCUGCGAACGUGGUGACUACAAGCUGGGCCUGGCCGGACGCCGGAAGAAGCUCUUCAAGAAGAGGAUCUGCUGCCUGAAGGGACCUGCCAGCCUUCCCCAGCCUCCCUAUCCCACCUACCCUCUGAUACCCACAGAGUACAAGGCCAGCUAUGCCAGUAAUCGUUCUGUCCGCUCUGUGGCCAUUGAGGUCGACGGCAAGGUGUACCAUGUAGGCCUGGAUGAUGCAGCCCAGACCCACAACCUUACCAAGAGGCACUGGCAGGCGGCCCUGGAGGACCAAGAAGACAAGGACAGCGGGGGCUUCAGUGGCACUGGAGGCCUUCCAGACUACUCAGCCCCCAACCCCAUUAAAGUGACUCAUAGGUGCUACAUCCUGGAAAAUGACACUGUCCAAUGUGACCUCGACCUGUACAAGUCCCUGCAGGCCUGGAAAGACCAUAAGCUACACAUCGACCAUGAGAUCGAAACCCUACAGAACAAAAUUAAGAACCUCAGGGAAGUCCGAGGUCAUCUGAAGAAAAAGCGCCCAGAAGAAUGUGACUGCCACAAAAUUAGCUACCACACCCAACACAGAGGCCGCCUCAAGCACAAAGGCUCCAGCCUGCAUCCUUUCAGGAAGGGUCUGCAGGAGAAGGACAAGGUGUGGCUGCUGCGGGAACAGAAGCGCAAGAAGAAACUUCGAAAGCUGCUCAAACGUCUGCAGAACAAUGACACAUGCAGCAUGCCAGGCCUCACAUGUUUCACCCACGACAACCAGCACUGGCAAACAGCACCUCUCUGGACACUGGGGCCUUUCUGUGCCUGCACCAGUGCCAACAACAAUACCUACUGGUGCAUGAGGACAAUCAACGAGACCCAUAACUUCCUCUUCUGUGAAUUUGCCACUGGCUUCCUGGAGUAUUUUGACCUCAACACAGACCCCUACCAGCUGAUGAAUGCAGUGAACACACUGGAUAGGGAUGUCCUCAAUCAGCUACAUGUGCAGCUCAUGGAGCUGAGGAGCUGCAAGGGUUACAAGCAAUGUAACCCCCGGACUCGGAACAUGGACCUGGGACUUAAAGAUGGAGGAAACUACGAGCAAUACAGGCAGUUUCAGCGUCGAAAAUGGCCAGAAAUGAAGAGACCAUCUUCCAAAUCACUGGGACAACUGUGGGAAGGCUGGGAAGGUUAAGCAGCAAUAGGCAUGGACCUCCAAAAUCAGAGUGUUCACCUGACUGUAACAGGCCAGGAAGAACAAAUCACAUCUCAUUCCCAACUGACCUGUGAUACAGGCCAGGAGGUCUGAGACAGACAACUGCUUUCAGUGAACAUCGGCAAAUUCUGGAGGACAACCAUUA